AUGCCUGAUUCUUUUUAUCACCUUACAGAACUCAGCUGGCUCAUUCUAAAAAGGUUUUCUCAUUUAACAAAGUUGCAGAGCCUGAAAGAAUGUCAAAACCUUAUGGUUGUUGAUCUUUCUGGUGCUGCCUCCUUGCCGACUUUUCCAGAAAAGAACUUGAAAUCAUUGCCGAAACUUCAAACAUUAAAUCUUUCAAACUCCAAGAUCAAAUCUUUGCCUAUUUUUCAUGAAACUGGAGAGCUUACUCAUCUAUCAGUUAGCGGCUGUAGCAACAUGGAUAGAGUGCCCAGCAUUCGGUCUCUAACAAAUCUGCAAGUUCUUGAUCUUUCAUGGUCAACCAUAGUGGAGUUCCAGGACAAGUCAUUUCAAAAUAAUACAAGUCUGAAGAUCCUUGAUUUAUCUGGAACUGCUAUUCCUUCAUUACCUUUUAACAUCGGUAAACCCCGUGAGUUCUAUUUGAAAAAUUGCUCUGAGAUAAAAUACAUGAAUUGUGUUGAAUCUUCCGAAGAACUAGAGAUACUUGAUUUUUCAGGUGCCUGUAAUCUUGUAAAAAUUGAAGGAAAGUUCUUUGAACGUUUAGAAAAUCUCCGAGUUCUCAACCUGUCAGGAACAAAAGUCAAAGAUCUACCAUCCCUUUCUGCUCUCCACAACCUCCGUCAGCUGUUACUUUCAUGUUGUCUGAAUCUGGAGAAGUUGCCAAGGUUGGCUUCAAGCAAACUCGAAGAGCUCGAUCUAUCUGGCUGUAAGGCAAUGACAAUGAUAGAAGACAAAUCUUUUGAGCACCUACCUCGCCUUCGUCGGCUUGUCCUCUCUCAAACAAAGAUUGUACACUUACCAGAACUCAACUCCCUUUCAAAUCUUGAGGAGCUAAAUCUGAGUGGUGUUAAAUCAUUUACCGGAACUGAUUUCAUAGAGCACAUGAGUAAACUUCAGGUUCUAAACCUCUCCGAGACCUUGCUUAAAGAGCUACCUGCCUUAACGAAUCUCAAAAGCCUUGAGCAUCUGUUUUUGAGGGGCUGUGGACAACUAGAGGUUCUCCCUGUCUUGGAAGUACUUCACAACCUUGAGACUCUAGAUAUUUCUCAAACAGCACUGAGGCAACUGCCGUUUGUAGGAAGUUUGAGUAACCUGCAUAAACUGUUGCUCAGAGACUGUUCAAAAUUGGAAAACUUUAAAAACCACAAGCUGCUUGACAUGUCUGGAUUUGAAAAUCUCCCUUGUGGAAUCUCGAGAUUGACUCAGCUGCAACAUCUUGCUUUACCCAGUAUGAAGGAAGACAUCCAAGCAGCAGACACCAAUGAGGUAACUAGCUGGAAGCAAAAGCCUAGUGCAUCACAUUGGUCCUUCUCCGUUGUGGAUCGAACGGUACCAAACACUAGCAGAUCUUUACUUUCUUAUAACGGUUCACUAUUUCUUGAAUUUCUGGACAGCAAUCCUUCUGUAUUGGACUCAACCUCAAAUCAUUUCCAUCUCUUUGUUCAUCCUACUGAGGUGCAAAAUGGUGCAAGGGACAUGCUCUUUCACAGGGAUGAAUUGGUUUUCAGAGAUGUCUAUCUAUUAACUAGGCAUUGUUCUAAAUCUCAAGGCCGGUUAGUGGAGAUUCAUCAUCUGAGUGCUUUUUCCGAGGGCAUUGAGGAUGUACUUCAUGAUGCUGAGUAUAUAUUCUUUUGA